AUGAAUAAGAAAAUUUUCGGAUGUUUCAUCUUUCUCAUUAUUGUCAUUAUCGACGAUGUAAAGGGACAUGGAAUGGUGAUGGAUCCAGUUAAUCGUGCAAGUCGUUGGAAGGUUGAUCCAACAGCAAUUCCUGAUUAUAAUGACAUGGAAGGGUUCUGUGGUGGAUAUCAAUUCCAAUGGAGUCCGGCAAUACAAGGAAGAUGUGGUUUAUGUGGCGAUAGAUACACCGACGCACUUCCAAGGGCACAUGAAUUGGGUGGAACAUACGGACAAGGAGUCAUUGUCAAGUCUUACGAGAAAGGAUCUUCAAUAUCUGUCACCGUUCGAAUUACCGCCAAUCACAGAGGAUACUUUUACUUCAGAAUCUGCAAUCUCGAUCAUGAACAAGAAUCUGACGAAUGCUUCGAACGAUACAAGCUUUCAACGACAACGGGAUCAUCAACUUACACUUUACCAUCAACAGCUGCAGCUGACUACUUCGUGUCUUUGAAACUUCCCACAGGCUUGACUUGCAAACAUUGCGUUCUUCAAUGGACUUAUGUGGCUGGUAAUAAUUGGGGCUACUGUGAUGAUGGGUCAGGAAGACUUGGAUGUGGCCCACAAGAACACUUCCGAACAUGUUCUGAUAUUCAAAUCACAGAAUAA